CCAUGUGCUCUUUCGGUUAUGCUGUCACGAACGAAUCGCGAAUAAUAAUAUAUUUUGAAGUCGCCAAACUGUUCGCAUAGUUUGUCGAUCGGAUCACACGCGCGUGUGUAUGAAAUUUCGAUGCAACACAAUACACUAAAUGUUUGAAACGAUGAAGAUUUGAAAAUAAAAUAGAUUAUUUCCAUCACAACUAAAAGAAGAUUUUAGUCCACAAGAUCAUAUUUAUAUUAUUAAUUUAUUAAUUUAUUAUUAUAAUUAUAUUAUUGUUUGAAUAUUAAAUUUAAAAUCAAAAUGUUUCUUUUUAAGUGGUGUAUUUGACUAUGUUAAUUGUUAAGUUUUUAAGUGAUUAAAAGUGAAUUAAAUAAUAUUCAUUUUUCUAAAAAAGUACCAUUAUGAAGAUAUUUUUUAAAUUUGGACUUCUCAUAUUUUCUGUUAUACCGUGUACCCUGACGUUGAUUCAAAACCCAACUAAAUUUCAAGGUCGCGACCAUUGGUAUGAAGAGGCCAGAUCUGCGCUGAAAAAACGGUUGGCCAGCUACGAGGGUAAAAUGGGAAGAGCGAAAAACGUGGUGUUUUUGGUCGGUGAUGGAAUGGGAGCAUCUACAUUGACCGCUUCGAGAAUAUUCAAGGGACAGAGACGGGGCAACCAAGGAGAAGAGGAGCAAUUGAUUUGGGAUUCGUUUCCCGCUGUGGCAAUGGCAAAGACUUACAAUUUAAAUGCUCAAAUCGGUGAAUCGUCAGCAUGUGCUACUGCAUUGUUAUGUGGUGUAAAAGCCAAUUUCGAAACAGUUGGCUUGGACGGCAACGGAAAGUUUGAAAAUUGUUAUUCCAGUUUUGCGUCUAGAGUUGACUCGUUGGCUUACUGGGCUCAACAGGAAGGUAAAUCAACUGGACUAGUAACUAAUACUCGAAUUACUCAUGCUACACCGUCGGCGUUAUACGCACACUCGCCUAGCCGAUAUUGGGAAGAUGACGGAAAAGUGCCUAUUCCUGCAAGAAAAUCGUGUAAGGACAUUGCUCGACAACUGGUAGAGGACGACCCUGGUAGAUUUAUAAACGUAUUACUAGGCGGUGGCAGAAGACACUGGUUACCAAAAGUAGCACAAGAUCCAGAACAACCGACAGACGAAGGUAGACGAUUAGACGGUCGGAAUUUGAUAGACGACUGGAUUAGAGAUAAAAAGAAACGAAACAUUAAAGCCGAAUAUGUGUGGAACAAUAGUCAACUGGACAAAAUCGAUGCUAAAAAUGUUGAUUAUCUUUUAGGUUUGUUUGCGUAUUCACACAUGGAGUUUGAGGUGGACCGGGACAAAGGACAAAAUGGUGACCCACCACUACAUGAGAUGGCCGUCAAAGCAUUAUCUAUACUCCAGAAGAACAACAAGGGAUUUUUUCUGUUUGUUGAAAGUGGACGUAUCGACCACGCACAUCAUUACAACAAUCCUUACAGGGCGUUAGAGGAAACGCUUGUCCUGGAGUCCACGCUGGAAGCCAUUAUGUCUAAGGUGGACUUGUCAGAGACACUUAUCGUUGUUACAGCAGAUCAUUCGCAUGUAAUGACAAUGGGAGGAUUGGCAACCCCUCGCGGUAACGACAUAUUAGGCGUGGACGCGAAGCCGUCGGACGUGGACGGGUUGCCGUACAGCACGCUGCUCUACGGUAACGGGCCCGGGCACAGCGCCGAACACCGACUGGUGCCCAUGGUGAACGCCACGGACGCGGAGACGCACAACCGGUUGCACGGGGCCGCUGUGCCGCGUCAGUGGGCCACGCACGGCGGCGAAGACGUGCCCGUCUACGCGGCCGGCCCGGCCGGCAUCACGCAGGCGCUGUUCUCCGGCACGUUCGACCAGUCGUUCGUGCCGCACGCCAUCGCGUACGUGGCGUGCUUGGCCGAACACGCCGAGCGGUGUCGGCGGCAGGACGCCGAAGCCGCCAACCGGAGCAUCAGCGACGCCGCGUUCGCCGCCGGCAAGGCGGGCGUCCUCGGGGUCGGACCCUCGUCGCAGGGCUGCUCGGUGGACACGAACGCCGUGACCAGGACGGCAGCGACAGGUGGUGCCAAAAGCGGAGCGGCCAUAGUAUUGGCCAGCAGCGUGUUGUCCGAAAACGGGUCGUCCAAGCAGACUAACAACACGAACCCACUGCUGAACAUGGGCUACGCGCUCAUCGCCGCGGCAGCCAUGCUCGUAGUAGCAGUCACGUAAAUACCGAGACGAGAGGCGGGACACGGCCCUCGGUGACUUCGCGCUCGUAAUAUAUUAUGUUAUUAUAUCGGUAUUGUUUAUUAUUUUCGGCAUUAUUAUUGACAACGAUGACGUCGUCGCCCGUCGUCGUCUGUUGAUCCGUAUAAAUCGAUGGUAUUUUUUUUUUUUAUCGUGGGCACUAUAAUAUAUGUGUGUGUGUAUGUGUAUGUGGGUGGGGAGAGGUAAUUGCAAAUCGAAAGGAGUAAUGAGGACAAGAAUAGACGUCUUGUACAGAUCGCCGCCGGUUCGAGAUAACAAUACCGCACACGUGGUAUGCGCUAAAACACGCACACGCGCGCGCGCGCGCGCUCCUGCGAUAUCAUUUACAUACAUAAUAUGAAAUAUACGCUACACGACGAGAGCACAUAUUAAUAUAAACGUUUUGUAAAAUGUGCGCACGUAAUACUAUUUUCUUUGUACUUUAUUUAUUUUUAUUUUUUUCAUACGUAGGCACCGCCGGUGCGAUUGAAAUACAAUUAUCUUAAGACAAGGUUCUAUAUUUAUAAUAAAUAAAUAUUAAUUGUAUAUUAUAUAUACACGAUUAUGCCAUAAGUAUAAGUGUUUAUUUUUACGGAAAGUUGUGCUCCGAUCCAACUCCCGUGACAUAAUAUGUAGACAUUGUACACUUUGAUAAUAAUAUUAUGUAUAUAGUCGAUUUACCAUAUACGUAUACGAAAACAAUUCCAUAUAAAAACCCCGAACGGGGUAUAUUAAGUUUUAUUCUCGGUUUUCCUUUGAAGACUUAGCCAUAGGGUAUGUGACUUUCGAACCACCGACACAUAUUACGUUUUUCCAUUGACGAACGGAGAUGCACUGUAAAACGUUCUGCGAAGUGAUGAACCCGGGAAAUGCAAAUAACCAACUUGGCCAAAGCAAUCCGAAAAUAUACGGCAAUAUAAUGUUUAAUUUCACAAGUUCCUGCUGUACAGGUAAUAACUCUUGUAUAUAUUUUAAUUAUUUUUUCAGUUGAUUGUGUAGUGCGGAUAACACAAUCGGGUUACUUAAUCAAAAAGCACACAUAUCUUCAUCAAAUCACAACGUUUGCUAAAAAACAUCGAGUUUGAUGUAAUUUUAUCAUGAUUUGUAGUUUUCUGACUUUGUAUGGUUCGUGAAAAAAGUUAUUACUUCUCUUAUUCUUGAAAUCGUAUUAAUAAAAAAAAUAUAGUUUUCCGAUGAUGCAUUUCGUUUAUGAUUUGUAGACAAUUAACCACGUUAUUCACUAUUAAUAAUAGAUAUUAGGUAUAAUUCGUUGUUUUUUGCAGUUUCUGCAUUUUUAUUAGUAUUUUUUUAUCAUUAAAUAUAAUAUAAAAUAAAUUCUAAUAAAUCUGUUGUUGUAUUAUUAACAAAUUUUAAUCGACUAAAAUAAUUUUUUUUUAACUAUUUGAAUCUACGUGGUGCUUAAAUGUGUAUACAAUAAAUUAAAUUACUCAUCAUGAAAUAAUGAAAUAAAUUCAACACUAAAUACUUACUAGUUUUUAUUAUUUAAAAUCUAAACAAAAAUAAUUUUUAAUUAUUGUUAUUGUUAUCAACAGCACAUUUAUUUUUAAUUAUGACGUAUACAAAAUUUAUGUAUUUUUGGCUUUUCAUGAGUAAUCUGAUUAGAUAAAAACACAUUAUAACAUUUAAAAAAAACUAAGUAUGAGUUUCCUUAAAUGAUUAGCUAAAUUGCCUAAAUUUAAUAUAUUAAUUCUAUAUAUUCUUAAAUAUGUUUAGUAAAAGCUUAAUAAUCAAAGAAAUUUCCUACACUGUAAUCAACUUAGAGGUACCUAUGUGUAAACAAUAAGCGUGCACAGACAUUGAUUUGAGGGUAUGCAGCUGAUAAAAUGUGCUCCCUGAAAAUAUAAAUGCUCAUACCAUUGUCUUAAAAAUAUUUAUGAUUAAUAUUAUUAUUAUAACUACUUCUUAUUAGAAAAAAUAGGUUUUCUAAUAUUUUUUGAUUUCGAAAAAUAAAAAAAUAUUUUUAUAAAAACGGACUUAUUGAAGAGAAUAUAAUUUUAUGAUUUUUGUCACAUAAGUAAGCUAUAAAUAUCGAUUGUACCAACGAUAUAUUUUUCAUUCAUUUAGUUUAGUUUUAGUACUUUGGUCACACGCCAUAUAAAAAAAUGUCUACCUUGUAUUCUGCAGGUUAUGCAAGCACAUACUCUGCCUACUUCAUGUGCAUGCUUUUGUGUAAAAAAAUUUCUAAUUCUACUUGAAUAUGAAAAUAAAAGUGUCCUCGAGAGAUUUGAAAAUUAUACCUCUUUUCAAAUAUAUUAAUUACUAGUCAUUUCCGUGUAGAUAUAAACCAAUUUUCCAAAUGGUUAAAUUUUUAAAAGAAACUAUUGAAUAGUAUUAACUUAAUACAUACCUAUAACUGUUAAUUUUCUAGUAAAUACCAUAACUAUAUAAUACAAAUGUGUAACUGGAGACGCUAUACAUUUUUUAUGAAAAGAACAGUUUGAAUAAAAUCCUAUUUAAGAUGUUCGGUGAGUUUAUAAUAAAUUCAUAUAGUUGGGUAAAAUACCUAAGGUCUGAAUUCAAUUUUAAAACAAGCCAAAACCAGAGAAUAAUAUACAUAAAUUAUAUUUUAUUAUAUCGGAAAUUUACUAGGUAUUUAUCUUUGAGAAAUGCAAAAACUUUUUAAAUUUUAAAGCCAUAUGAUUUCUUUAAAGUUAAAUAUGAUAGUUCAAUAAACAUUUAUAUGAUAUAAGUAUCCAAAAGUAUGAUUUUUCAAGGCCAUGUCACAGCCGAUUUAAAAAGUUUGAACACUCAACUUACAUAAUUUACCACAAGUAUACCUCCACCAACCGAAAACUGUUAUACCCUUCAGCAUGUAACAAAACGCUUCGAGGAAUAGAGAUCACUGUUUUCAAAAACACAAAAAGAAUACCCGGUCUAAAAAAAUGUAUUUAAAAAAAUAUUUCAGCGCGCAACUUUCAAAAUACAUUCUCUAGUUGCAGUGUGUUAGUAAAAUUUAAUUGGCUAGUCUGAAAAAAUGUUAGCGUUGGUACAUAAAGUUUUGAACACGAUUUAUAUAAUAAAACAUUUCUCCGUGAUUUUACAGUGCAAUUGUCUUUAGGUAAUUUCGAACUCGAUUAAUUUGAAAUUUACUUUUGUUUUAAAAAUAUAAUGUAAUUAAUAAAGUUAAGGAAAGAAACCGAUUUUUUUCUUUGAAUCGUAUACGAAAUCUGUAUUCACCAAAGUUUAAAUAAAACUUUUUAGAUCACCUUUUUGUAUCUCCUUAUUUUUGUGUUCUAAUUUCAAAAUGUUCCUUCAUGAUUAUAAUAUAUCUAUAUAUAUACUAUUUAUUUAUUGUUUAAAGAACUAAGAUAAAAAUAUACUUUUGUAUAGUAUAUAAUAUAAUAAUAUGGAUUAUAUUGUAGUGUUUACUAGGUAAUCAAUGCAGGUUUAAUCAUGUUCUUAUUUUUUUUUUUUUUAAUUAUAUCGAUUUAAUCAAAAUUAUUUAAAGAUAUUGAAACCUACGACUAUUCUACUAUAUUACUGACGAUGACAUUUUUAUUAUUUUUAAAUGUAACAUACUAGAA